UCCCCGGGCCAGGCUGGAUGAGCCGGGAGCUCCCCACCGCUGCCGGUCAUACCCCAGCUUCCAUCCGCAUCCCCAGGCCCGGACUGCUGCCGCAGCUGCCGUCCGCAGGAGCCCAGCACCCCCUCCCCGCUCACCCUUCGGCCAGCGAUCCCCGGCCCGGCCCUGCGCCCCCGUGCCCACUUCUCCUGACCCCUCGGCCGCCACCUCAGAAGGCUGGAGCAGGGACGCCGUCGCUCCGGCUGCCUGUUCCCCUUGGGUCCCCGCUCGCGCCCACGCCGGCCCCCACGCCCGCCCGCAGCCCUGCCCCUGGACACCGGAUAAGGCCCAGCGCACAGACCCCCUGGUGGACAGCAUGGACCGCCGCACGCUUCCCCUGGUCGUUGCCCUACUGCUGGCCGUCUGCAGCCUCAGGCCCACAAGUCUUGCAGAAACAGUCCAUUGUGACCUACAGCCUGUGGACGCCGAGGUGACAUAUAUUACGAGUCAAGUUUCUAAGGGCUGCGUGGCUCAGGUCCCCAAUGCCACCCUUGAAGUUCACAUUCUCUUCCUGGAAUCCUCAAGGGAGGUGUCAGAGCUGGAGCUGACUAUCCAGAAGUCCAAGCAAAAUGACACUCGGCCCCGAGAGGUGCUUCUGGUCCUCAGUGCAAACAAGAACGUGCUCCUGCGGUUACAGGCCCCAGGAAUCCCACUCAACCUGGCCUUCAACCCCACACUGAUCUUCCAAGGGCACCCAGGAGUCAACACGACACAGCUGCCACCCUUCACCACCCAGAAGCAGUUCCUCGACUGGGCAGAAGCGAAGGGCCCCAUUGCAUCUAUCGCUGAGCUGAACGACCCUCAAAGCAUCCUCCUCCGUCUGGACCAAGCCCAGAGGGUACCAUCCUCCUGCAAUCCGGAACCCCUCACGGACAUGGGCCACACUCUCGAAUGGAGCCCGCUCACUCGCGCCUCUGUCCGGGGCUGCCGUUUGGAAGGUGUGCCUGGCCACAAGGAAGCGCACAUCCUGAGGGUCCUGCCAGGCACCGAGGCCGGGCCCCGGACAGUGACCGUCAAGGUGGAGCUGCGCUGUGCUUCAGGGGAUCCCGACGCUGUGCUUAUCCUGCAAGGUCCGUCCUACGUGUCCUGGCUCAUCGACGCCAACCACAACAUGCAGAUCUGGACCACUGGUGAAUACUCCUUCAAGAUAUUUCCAGAGAAGAACAUCCGUGGCUUUGUGCUCCCGGAUACACCCCAAGGCCUGCUGGGGGAGGCCCGGAGACUCAACGCCAGCAUGGUAGCGUCCUUUGUGGAGCUCCCUCUGGCCAGUGUCGUCUCACUGCAGGCCCACAGCUGCGGUGGUGGGCCGCAGACCUCUCCCCCACCCGUCCGGACCACCCCUCCCAAGGAAAGCUGCAACCAGGAGCUGCUCCUGUCCCUGAUCCAGCCCAACUGCUCCAAAGAUGUCAUGACUGUGGUGCUCAAGAAAGAUCUCAUCUCGACUCUGAGGUGCACCAUCACAAGCCUGACCUUCUCGGACCCCAGCUGCCAGGCUGAGGACAGAGAUGACCAGUUUGUCUUGCGCAGCACCUACUCCAACUGUGGCAUGAAAGUGACAGAAAAUGUGGUCAGGAAUGAGGUGGUCGUCAACCUCUUGUCAAGCUCAUCACCACAGUGGAAGAAGGUGCACUGCAUCAACAUGGAGAGCCUCUCCUUCCAGCUGGGCCUGUACCUCAGCCCACACUUCCUCCAGGUCUCCCACACCAUCGAGCUGGGGCAACAGGGCUUUGUGCAGGUGAGCAUGUCCCCGUCAAUCCCGGAGCUCAUGCUCCAGCUGGACAGCUGCCGCCUGGAUCUGGGGCCUGACGCGGACACCGUGGAACUCAUCCAGAGCCAGACCACCAAGGGCAGCUGUGUAAGCCUGCUGUCCCCAGGCCCUGGUGGGGAUGUGCGCUUCAGCUUCCUCCUCCGUGGCUACAUGGUGCCCACACCCACGACCGGCACCCUCAGCUGCACCAUAGCCUUGCGUUCGAGGAGUUUGUCCCCGGACACCCACAGGACUAUCUCUACGCGUCUGAACAUCGUCAGCCCUGGCCUGCCUGGUGACCAUCCUUCCCUUGCGUGCGCAGACAAAGGCCUUGUCCUGCCCGCCGUGCUGGGCAUCACCUUUGGCGCCUUCCUCAUUGGGGCCCUGCUCACCGCCGCACUCUGGUACAUCUACUCGCACACGCGUCCCCCUGGCAAGCGGGAGCCCGUGGUGGCGGUGGCUGCCCCGGCCUCCUCAGAGAGCAGUAGCACCAACCACAGCAUCGGGAGCACCCAGAGCACCCCCUGCUCCACCAGCAGCAUGGCGUAG